AUGUCGUCGUCGGAAAAAACCCUGGCCGAUGACAAGGAUAGAUCUACAAGUCAUAGUAGUAUUAUAAGCAAGUACCCAAGUGCAUCGAUAUCUUCAUGUGACCGCAGCAGCACUAUUCAGCAGCGAGAGAAGCAAAACGAGCAAGAAGAGGAAUAUGAAGGGUGGCAUAGCCGUGGAUGGCUGACCGUGUUGGGGUCGUUCCUGAUUAUCUUUUGUUUGGCCAGUAUAAAUUCAAACUGGGGGGUUUUUGAAGUCCUGUACCUCGAGGUAUACCCAGAAGUUGAUCCAUCCAUUCAAGGGUUCACAGGUCCAUUGGCUUCUGGUGUGAGCUUUUUGAUGGGCCCCAUUUCCGUUGGCUUUGUACAAUGGGCUCAAAGUUAUCGAUGGCCUUGCAUAAUAGCAACUUUUAUUUGCCCUACUAGCUUGAUCCUUGCAAGCUUUUCAACCCAAUUUUAUCAUGUCAUGCUAAGCCAAGCAAUCCUCUUCAACAUCGGUAGCGGUUUUGUGUACCUGAUUGCAUCAGUGCUUCCAGCACAAUGGUUCUCGCGAAAUCGGUCACUUGCAAGUUGCUGUGCAGCAAGCGGUGCCUGUAUAGGCCCACUAGUAAUGGCACCAAUAAUACAAGCGAUGAUUGAUUCACCCCUUGGUUACCGCAAUACCCUUCGUGUCUUGGGUGCGAUCAUCUUUGUUUUGCUUGCUACAUCAACAGUGCUCAUAAGACCCGCUAGCUCUGAUAUCAAACAUAACCCGAAUUGGUACAAGCUUAUCGAUCCUGAACUUGCAAACAUUCGGUACAUUCUUUUAACAAUAGGCAUCGUUCUCACGUGCCUAGCGUUUUAUCCUUCAUAUAUGCUCGUUCCCGUGUACGCUCAACACAUCGGUGCAAGUGCAACCCUGGGAUCAGGAUUGGUCUCUGUUAUGUUUGCUACGAAUGCUAUAUCGCGAAUUGGAAUAGGGUAUGUGGCUGAUCGCCUUGGGGUCAUGAACACACUCUUUGCAACUACGUUGCUAUGCGGUAUAUGGAACAUGGUGAUUUGGCAAUUGUCAUAUGAGGUCGGCGUCUACGUUCUUUAUCUAAUACUCUUUGGGAUCACUGGCGGUGUCUUUUUUGGACUGAUUCCAUCUUGUGUUGCUCAAGUGGCCAAUCCUCAGCUAAUACAAAAGGGUGUGAGCUUAAUUUAUCUUCUCGUACCCAUUGGGAUCUUUCCAAGUGGGUUGAUUGCUGGUGCUCUUUUCAGCAAUUAUUCGUGGACGGUUGCAAUCCAGUUCCUGGGAUCUGUAUUUGUGCUUGCAAGCAUUGUCAUUCUAAUUGUACGAUUGCUGGUCAGCAACAAACCUCCCUCCAAAAGCACUUCAUCAAAAUAA